CGGUGAAGCCACUCUGCCCCCGGCACAGCUCUGCUUCGCAUAUAGAACUCCCGGGAACCACCGUCCGCGCCAUCUCGACGCCUCCGGCACUUGGAUCCUUCACCACCAUCAUCGUCCCAUCCACUCCAUCUCGUUGCACGACCUUUCGCACUAUCCGUCUCACGCUGCAUCCUCCUCAUACGAAAAAUCCGCCAAAUGAGAAAAUCCAGGAAGAACGACCCUCGCGGUGUCUAUCCCGGAGCGAUCCACUUUGAAAACCUGCCCAACGAGGUGCUCACCCGCAUCUUCAUGUUUGUGCCCCCAAGGGAUCUUUCCAACUUGUGCACGCUGUCGAAGCGACUGUUGCCGCUGAUACGGCCGCUGGCAUGGCACUCGCUGAUCUACGACGACAUCGAGGCUAUGCGCUCGGCGGCUCAAAACAAGUCCAAGAAGCCCGUGCCCGCCAGCUGUCUUCCAUUCGUGCGCGAAGUUAUGGUCAUCGCCGAUCGACCCUACCUCCCGCAGUCCACGGUUCCGCCUGAUGGGUACAACUGGCAUCCCGAGCGAGACAAGAGAAACUUGGAGAUUAUAUUGAGCAGAUUCGUCAAGCUCAAGUACAUCCAGAUCGAUUUUGGAGCACGCGGCGCGCCCUUGACCCGCAUCUCCAUUCCCGAAUCCAGCCGUCAUCUGCAGAGAAUAUCGACGCUCAAAGAAUGGUAUACCCUCGGCGGCCUCGUUUGCUGGUACGAGGGAUCUACCGCCUCUUCGUCGUCCAUCAAGCUGCCUGCACUCGCCGGCCGCGACUUCCCCGCAGAAAACUGUCCCUUGGCCGAAUACUUGCAAACCUCGCAUCGCAUAUCGCAGCACGGCUACAGUUCGCACUCAAAGGGUCCUGAACUUCCAGAGGAUCGCUGUCUCGCCAUGUGUCCAUGCUGUCAGAACUUGGUCGAGAUCAUCUUUCCGGAGAAGUUGCUGAUUCCCGAUACGACCAUGGAACGCAUCAUCGGCGGACUGAGCGCACUCCGGUCUAUCAGCCUCCCCGAGGGCUGUGGGCAGCGGACGAUCGAUUCCCUAGCCAACAUCGGCAGCCGGCUGCAUUGGCUUUCGAUUCACUCCCUGCAAGUCAGUGCCCCGAUGCUGUCGCUGGCGCUUCCCAACUGGACUCUGCUGAGAGCGCUGUUCUUGACCCCGGUUUGUGCCUCCGACGACGUUCUCAUCACUGUCUCGGAGCACUGCCCGGUACUAUCGGAUUUGCGUGUUUCACACUCGCCCGCUGUCACCGACGUCGGUCUGCUGGCGCUCGGGAAAAAGUGCCGGUAUCUGGGCGUGCUGAACAUCGAAGGAUGCGCAGGCAUCUCCGAUGAGGGCAUUAUCAAGUUCACCACCUACCGCCACCCUUCCCUGCGUCUCCUGAAUCUAGGAUACGUCACCUCGGGACCGCUCCGCGGCGAUGCCCUGAUUUGUGCGAUUGCCAAGAAUCUCCCCUUUCUCCACGAGUUGGACUUUGCCAUGGGCUCGGUCACCGAGUCUGGCCUGAAGAAAGCUAUUCUCGGCAGCGAUGGAAAGCCCGGAUUCCAGAGCCUCAAAAUCCUGAGCCUGGCUUACUGCCUCGGAGUCACGGGCAAGGAAUUCCUACCGCUACUGGCCAAACAUGCCCUCAACCUCGAGGAGCUGCUGACGUAUGGCUCUGGCGUCGAGGAUCUGUACUUUCACACCUAUCUGCCACGCUUCCACCAGCUCGCCUCCGCCGACUUGGUUUACCACUCAUCCUCGCGACUUUGUCGAAGUCUGUUGUUUGAGCGUGUUAAGCGUGUCCCGAAUCACACCACGGAAUGGUCCCUUGAUGAUCUCGGAAGCUGGAUGUUUGCCGCCAUACAAGGAUGCUUCUCGCUCAAACAGAUCUCGGGGGCCUUCCGCGAGGCGAUUCUCGAAGAACUGGGUCUGAUAGACGACAGCGAGGAGGUGUUCUCGAGUUUCGAUGGCCCUGUGGACGAGGUCCCGAUUGGAUACAUCCGAUGCUACGACCGAACCCUAAACUGGGACCUAGUCGUCAUCCGAUGGGCAGAAGAAGGACACUACUACUCAGUCCUCUUCCGCGAGACGCUGGAAGGCUCGCGCUUCGUCAAGGUGGCCGAGAUGGAAAAGCCCCCCAUCGCUCACUUCGAUACGUUCCGUGCCUGGCGACCGGCGGCCCUGUCUGAGGGCUGUUCCACCAAGGAGCUGCGUCAACUGGCCCGCGAUUUCUCGCUGAGCCCGUACUCUGAGGGCCAGUCGGCAUACUGGUCCAAGGGAUAUGUCCAGCGGGCAAUGUUGGAGUCCCAGAAGGCGCGCAUCGAGAUCAUUCGGCCAGCGACUCAUGAUGGUGAAACUGGCGAGACUCGCCACUCGGCCACCACCGACACCGAGGGCGACUCGGACGAAUGGGUCGAUACCGACGAGGAUACCUCUGGUCACACAUACAGCAUUGACGAAAACGACGACGAGACGGACUCAUCAUUCCUCGAUGAUACUGUCUUCCCGAGCUAUGCGGAUGAUGAUGACGACUUGGAGGACAACAUGUCGUCCUUUGACGACAGCAACGCCUCGGACAUUGUGAGUGACGACUCGCUGGCCGAUAUCGAUGACCCGCUCGACCCCCACAACCACUUUGACGAUAACUUUGACGGCUAUAUCGACGGGGACAAUUAUGGAGAGAGCACCGUCAUUGUCGAAAAGGUCAAUGCUCUGCUAGCCAAACACACCAAUCCUGAUGGAUCGGAGAUGGCCGAUCCACGACACAGCUCGGGCGACGAUGAGCCCUGGUUCAUGCCCCCGACCCAGGAGCAUGUUAAUAUCUCGUUUAAAGAAUGGAAGCGGAUAGCCCGUCGGUUUGUCGGCCUGCCGUACAAGCCUGUCGUCUGACACUGUCGUCCUGCACCUCCCCCCCCCCACCGCAAGGUCGUGCCGACAGGGAUACAAUCACACUCUGGCCACCAUUCCCAGGCUCUCUUGUUUGCGUUGACUCUUGGUGAUCACUUUUGCGGGGCCUCGAAGAGUGUGAUCGCGAUGGAUCCACUUGUCUCCGCAUCUACCGCUACUGACAGAAUACAUUGCCCCCCGCUGCUGCGAUGACGAGGGGAGGUGCAUCGCAAAGGCACCAAUUUUUGA